AUGAAUGACCAGGGAGAGAGGGGCGGGAGGAGACCCCGUCGAUCGAACAGGGCGAAGAGAAAUUCCAACGCAGGAAAGGUACCCAAUCGUAAGGACGACUCCAAUAUUCAUAACCCCCUGAAUAAUCGCCUCAUAAAUGUGAGCGGCUACGAAGAUGUUGAUGUAAACAGUGUGCAGAAGGAUGGGUCGCUAGGCAAGUUUUUCCAAAGGUGCACUACAGAAGGCAAGGAAAUGUCACCCUGCGAUGUGUUAGAUUCCGUUAGGCAGAAUACGUCUAAUGGAAAUGCAGAAAUAUCACAGAGGCAAAAUGUCCGGUUCGUUCAGGUGAACGAGUCAGAUCGACACCUGCCCGAUAAUGCAUUUAACUUUUCCUGUUCACCUACCACUUGUAUGAGCAUUUCUACAGGGAUGCAGAUGUGUGGACAUUCUAAUAAUCAUUUGAACAUCCUCGAGAGUGAUGUUCCUUCUCCUAUGUUUGACGAUAUCCUCAUUGAUGACGUAUACGAUGUUGAGGGGAGAUACCUCCGUUUGGGGUCUCCCGGUCCAGGUACCUCUCGCUUUUGUUUCCAGGAGGCGGCCACCCCAGGGAGGUCCUGCCCAAACACAGACAUGGCAUUGGACGGGCAAGAUGAAAAUGGUAGUACACGAGGUAAUGUCCCUUCGAGGAAGAAACGAAAAGGAGGAAGAACCCUGUUCAGGUCCUUCUGCAGAACGAUGAAUCUCCUCUUGAACCAAGUCCUUUCGAAGUCAUUUCAAACCAUGAUAUCCUACAUCAUUACGACCUCCUUUUUUAUUUUUUUGAAUUUGUAUGUGUCUAACUCUUGUACAUAUGAAGAGAUAGGAGGGUUCGGAGUAGCUGUAUCGGUUAUCACAUUACUCAAUACAGUAGUUGAUGGAGUAUGUAACAGCUUGGAUUACUUUUGUAGCUAUUCUAUCGCGAUGGCUAACACAGAUUUAUCCUUGCUCUACUUAAACAUAGCAUACUAUACCUUUUAUUUGUUCUUCGCCAAAGUAAUGGUUGUUUUUUUGCUAACCAAGAUUGUGAUUCUGCUUUUUUUAAAUUCCCUUUAUGUGGAUCCUAGUAGCAACGUCGGUGAUGCAAGUAAACAUCCUGGGCAUUUGCAGAUGAUUCAUGUGUUUUGCUCGAGUCUUCAAAUAUUGCUUGUUUCAUUUUUCCCGCAAUUUAUAUAUGAGUCCACUAGACGUUAUUUGAUUCUUCAUAAUUAUAUUUACCCCAGUUUGUUUACUUCCUUUGUGUCUUUCAUUUUAUUGAAUUUUUUUUGCUACGUCUUCGUUUUCUCCUUGGGCAUGAAGUAUGUCGGUGCGUGUGUAGCUCUGCUGCUCACGAAUGUUUUUAAUUUUUGUUGCGUUUUGUACUUUUUGAGGAUCCACUUGGCCAGGUGUGUGUCUUCGACGAGUGGGGGGCACCAGCUGGCGUCGUGCGUGGAGGACCUUUUACUUUCCGGCGACCACUACGUCGAGGUGGGCGAAGAGCAGCUCGCCGACCGCGCGCUAGGUGAAGACGUAGGUGAGGGCAGCGGUGAAGACGUAGGUGAAGACAUAGGCGAGGGCAGCGGCGAAGACAUCCGCGAGGACACCGGUGAAGACGACACAAACGACGAAACCUGCGACGACACGAACUGCGAAACUUGUGAAGACCCAAACCACUCGGUUGACCGCGCCGACAGAAGAAUCGCCAACCUGACUUUCCUCUUUUUCCACAAGCCACCAGACGACGAGCAAAAAAAGGGCUUUGUAAAAACAGCGCGCACAAACAUAAAAAAUAUUUUCUUCGAAGUUUUGUCCUUCGAGUUCCAGCUAUUCGAGGCCACCUACCUCAGUCUAACGUCUGUGGCUACCUAUGUUCAAAUUAAUAACAUCCUCAACCUGGUGUAUUACGUUUCUAAUUCGUAUGGCAUUAUCCUUAGCAAGUUAAUCAGUAUUUAUUCCUCCUCGCGCGCGGCGAAGGGAAGGAAUAGACGAGGCACACAGAGAGGAAUGGACAGGCAAAAUGGACUAGAUGGAAGACGGCACAGGUUUGUGCCAGAACUCCUGCUCAGCGGUGGCAGGGGUGGCAUCAGCGUCAGUCAAUGGGGGAAACUUGACACACAAAAUCGUAUCCUACCUGAAUUAAAAUCACAGAGAAACGGAAGCAAAAGACAUAGAAGAAGCAGAAUAAGCCUACUGGAUAUAGUGCUAGCCUUUUUGUUCAUGUUAACCUUCCUGUCCCUCUUCUUGGUUGCAGCUUACCUCUUUCGUGAUCAGAUAAUACCCUUCGUUUUCACCGACAUCAACAUACAAAACGAAUUAAAGGGGAUCAUUUUUGUCCUGGUUGUGGAGCUCUUCUUAGAAGUCCUUGCAUCUUUACUCAAUAGCAUUAUAAAGGGUCUGAGUCUACAGGAGGAAAUAUCUUUCUUUACCUUUUUCAAUUUCUUAUUCUUCAUGCACCCUCUGGGCCUUUUGUUGACCUUCAUUCUGCAAUUGGACAUUUAUGGUUUUGUGUAUUCUAACCUCGCCAGCAUGGCUGUGCAGGUGGCUUACUUGCUCGUUUUCCUUGCUUUUCGCGCGCAGCGGGGGCUCGGCAGGUAG